AUGAGAGAUCGGCCUGUCAUCAGCAUCGAACAUUACACCAUAUACUGCGGCGAUGCUGAUGAGAAGAAAGUGGGUGACUGCGCUAUAGCUGUGAGAAACGAUUACAAGAACCUGGUGGAGGAAUUCGGCUCAACGUUGUCUAGAUGCGCCUUUUUACGACUGCGGGAUCGCAGAGGACGUAGACUCCGGAUCGCAAGUGCUCACGACUCCGGAUCGCAAGUGCUGGUUUGUGUGUGA